AUGGGCUCGGGGGAGGCGUCGUCUGGGGGCCGCUGCAGCGGCUCCCACAGAAAGGACAAGCAUUCGAGCAGCAGCAGCAGCAGCAGCAGCAGCAGCAGCAGCAGCAGUUCAAAGAAGCACAAGUCCAGUGGCCACAGCAGUAGCAGCUCGGGGAGCCGAUCUACGAACAGCAGCAGCACGACUGCAAAUGCGGAGCGCGACAGCAACUCCGGGAGACAUAAAAGCAGCAAUCACAGCGGCAGCAGCCACGGCAGCAGCAGCCACAGCCACAGCAACCACGGCAGCAGCAGCCACAGCAGCAGCGGGCACAAGAGCAGGAGCAAGGAUGAGCACAAGCAAUCGAGCAGCAAGACGAAGACGGAGGGGGAAUUGCUUCGUGCUGACUCCAAGACCCACACAUCUCCAAAGGACAGCAAAAGCAGCAGCCACAGCAGCAGCAGCCACAGCAGCAGCAGCAGCAGCCACAGCAGCAGCAGCAAGCAGGCAAAGAGUUCUAGCAAGGGCCACGAGGAGGGGAAGCGUGCGCGCAGCAGCCGCAGCAAAAGCCGAAGCAACGAGAAGAAACGUAAGAGGGAGAGAAGUCCUUCGUUUCAGCCUCCUCCAGUGGUGAACACUACAGACCCAACGAAGAAUACCCUUGGGGAUCCGUUCCCUCCAGAUCUUGAGGGGCCUUGUUAUGUGAAGCUGCUGCCCCAGCAGCGCGACGUGUCUAUUCUAUUAGGUGUAGACAAUAGGGGCUUGCUGAAUUUGGCUAAGUCUCACGGAUGUAAGAGCCGGCUGUCUGCUAAGGAUGUAUUCUUCCCAGAGACAAACCGCCGCAUGCUGCUUCUGCAGGGGCAGGAGGAGGGGCUGCACAAGAUGCUGCGGCAAGCGUUAGAGAGAAUAUCAGAGCCUGGGAAGCACCGAGAUAGCAGCAGCAGAAGCUCCAGCAUUACCUUUAUAGCACCUAAUCCUGUCUGUCUGCUUACCCCAAGCAGCGCUGAUCAACCCUUGCGCAAGCUACGCAAGCUAGGGGGGGCCCGCCUCCAUAUAAGCGAUAGGAAGGACAUGAAGAAACAAGGAGGCCGCGAGCGUUUGCUGACUCUUCAGGGAAACCUUAGUGAAGUUCAGGCAGCAGCAUGCGAGUUGAUUACUCUGCUGCAGCAGGUAAAAGAUUUGCGCGAUCAUAUGAAUCUCAAGUACGACAGCUGCAUGCCGAAGGUAGAGCAAGAAGAGAAGGAGGAGAGGCUAGAAGAUCUCCUAGGGAAAGAAGAUCUUGAUGAAUCAACAAUGCAAGCACUUGCAAGUAUCCUUAUACCCCCUAAAGAAGAACCCGUAAAGGCCGGCAUAGCGAGCGUCGCCCCUAAUAUUCCGAAUCUAUCGGAUUCUGCUAAAGCAGCACUUAUUAGUCAAGCUCAGGAUGAACUAGCGAGGAUAAGCAACUUGCAAUAUAUGCGAGACACUCGAGCGGUGCUUAUGCAAGGGCCAGCCUACCACAAGGUGCUUGUGAGCGACCUUGUGGCUGCACAGCUUCUGGGUUCGAACGGCAGCAUAAUAAGUCAAUUUGAAGCAGAAUAUGCAGUACAAGUUAAGGUAGCUCCCCCGGAACCUCCUCCUUGCACGGAGCGUAUUGUUGUAAUAAGCGGAGAACCUCAAGACACCGAUAGAGCUCUGUUAGCAGUGCUUGAAAAGGUAUAUGCUGCUUGUCUUAUGGUUGGGCACGCAAACUUUAUGGUCUGGCGUAUGAGUGCAAUGAGUACUUGCUGCGCUCUUAUCUGCGGGCCUGGAGGACAGCGUAUUCGUCAAUUAGCAAGCUUCACCGGGACUCGAAUUCAAAUAAGCAAUAGAGAUCAGCAAACCCCUUCACACCAUCCAGGGCAGCUGGUGCCCUCUAACCCCCAUGAACGAAUUAUAUCUGUAUUAGGUCCUUUGGAGCAAGUGACGAUUGCUAUUAAAGCGAUGCUUCCGUAUAUUCAUGCAGAUCCUAAUCAAUCACAGUCUGUACACCAGAGCUAUGGCCAUGGAUAUAAGCUUAAGAUGCCCUCUUGGGCUGAGACAGGAGUCUUGCAAGAGGGUAUGAAUAUGGAAGCCUUAAAGGAAGAGCCUCUAGAAGACGAACGACCUGUAUCUCUACCAGGGCCCUUCCACAUGAAGUUGCUGAUUGAUCCUGCACUUGCGAAUUCUUUGAUUGGAGAGAACAGUCAAACUAUUACAAAAGUUGCAGAAGAAUGCGGCUGCAGCAUGCAUGUCUUGUCCUCGAAGAACAAGUUCCCGGAUUCUCAAGACCGUUUGCUGCUUAUGUCGGGUUCAACUGAAGCCAUCAGCACAGGGGUUAUCUCUCUCUUAGAGCGCUGCAAGGAGGUACACCCCAAUUUACCUUACGAUCAAAUGUAUGCUAAACUCGUAGUGCCUACAAGCGUAUGUCCUACAGUCAUAGGGCCUGGGGGUGUUCGAGUAAGAGAGAUCCGCGAAGCAACUCUUACUCGAAUAACUGUUGAUAGAAACUCGAGCCCUUGUCCUGAAAGAGUUAUUGCAAUCCACGGUAUGGCUCAGGGCGUCCAUCAGGCGGUCGUUGCUAUCAGCACCAUUGCACAGACAGACCCAAGCCUUGUGCUUAUGCUUGAGCUACAGUAUGAUUAUCUAGAACAGCAGCAGGAGACGCAGCAGCAGAACGCGCAGCUCGACUCCAAUAUCGUCGGCGCUGUACUAGAGGGGGUUCUUUCUGUCUCUAACAAAGUGGGAGGAGGCGCCACUGAUGUUGCUGUGAAAAGGCUAGAAAAUAUGAAACAGGCGGCGGCGCAGGGACCGCUGGGCCCGAUGGGGCAGCACCAGAGCGGAUAUACCCCCAACUAUGACGCUCCUGUCUCGUUUGUUACUGCAUCUAACCCUACAGUUACACCUGAAGCUUCGAAGAGCUUUGCUUUAGCUCAGAGAGCAGCACAGGCCCUUGGAAAUGAUCCUCGCGUGCGGCUGCCUUCUCCUCCUCGCGCUGCGGAUGAGUGGGAGCAGCAGCAGCGAGAGAUUCAACAGUAUGAACAGCAGAGGCUCGCUGGCCACGUCGAAAUCUACAGCAGCAGCGGCUCUGCGCCUCCGCCUCCCCCCAGACCCUCGGGCACAAUGCCGCAUGCAGACCCCGCUGCUGCUGCUGCUGCUUCGGGCGCACCUCCUCCUCCUCCUCCUCCUCCUGAUAACGGCAUGGAUGCGGACGACGGAGACCCGCUGCUCGAGGGGCUGAUGAAUGAAGCUUUCUAA